AUGGUAUUCGAGUGAACACCAUCUCUGCAGGUGUGGUUAUGCCUGACGAUUGGCAUCGUAGAUCCACUUGCUUUAAGAAGCCUUGAUGCGGUAAGGUUGUCUCAUGGGAUGAUGAGAUAACGUAUUAUCCUGUUUUCGUGAUGAUUACCAUAGUAACUUUUGCAAACGCCAUUCGAUUGUGAUGUUUUAGGUCCUCUCAGAAGCAGAGCAGCAAAAGCUAUCGGCUUCAUCUAGGCAGGACGAUUUACCCUCUGUUUUUGUUUUACCUUUUUUGUAUCUUCACCCUCAGAUUUUCCACCGUCUUCUACUCAGUCUGAUAUUCGGCUAGAUCUGCUGAUUACAUUUGCCUCUCAUAGGCUGGGAAAGAUAUACUCCGUAGGAUGCGGUGUCUGCUGUCUCCAGGCUAUGACAGGCACAAUUGCAUUGAAGACUGUGUCAUGUUGUCAAUAUGUUUUGAUUGUUUUGUUUUGAUUUUUUCCAUUUGCGCCUUGCUCAUAUUUGUUUUUUACCUUUGAAGUCUAUAUCGAAAUAUACGAUGAGGCUUAUGUGAUUCGUCGAUGAUGAGGACUGGCAUUUCUCUUGACACUGUUAGGGUCUUUGAAAAUUCAAGGUGUUUUCGUAUAGAAAUCUACACCCACUCUGGUUUAAGCUUUCAAUUGUUAAGUGUUACCGGAGAAUAUGUUAAACCGUCCUUCACGGAUGUACCCUUCCCGUGUCCUUACUUGCUUAAGUGUCAACCGUGACCAGCUACGGGCUUUCCUUUUUCACUCCUUGACUCCGGCUCCCUAUUUUUGCAUGGUCCUCGCUCAGUUUUUUACGUUCAGCUCUGUCUGUACCAGUGACAUUUAUUCCGUGGCCCUAGCAGACAUUUUAUCACCUCAGACUGAGUACAUACCCCCUUUUCUGUUUGCUGCAUGUUCUAUCUCUUGGUUGGAGACGGUAAGAGCAACUUUGAGUGGAUCACAUCUCUUCCUCUCAUGCCCACAUACGUGGAUUUUACAUAUUAUUAGAUGUCGCUACCCGCAACUAUGCUCUACAAUGGCUUAGUAAGUAUGUUAUUUGUUCCUAGUUUCGUGAAGUAGAGUCAAACCCCUGGUAGGAGGGGUAUGGUCAUCAAAACUUCGAGACCUCAUUGUUUGUUGCAGUAUUACAGUAAUUCAGGUGAAUCACGUAUUGGAAACGAAGUGAAUCACGCCUUCAAAUGGAGAAAAAACCCAUAAUGUUAGCGGUCACUGCAUGUUUGGUGUAUAUAAGGAUUAGCAGCAGAAGGUAUUUCACCAGAUUUCCAGAUCAACAACGACGGGGCACUAAGCAGUCGUUGUUGAUCUGGAUCUGGUUUUUGCCAAACCAGAUCUGGUUUCCUCACCAUCAGUUGUCUUGCAACCACUACGACGUCGGUUCAUAAUGUUGUUCAAUCGAUUUUAUUUCAGCAAGAGCGUUAUGGGAGCGGUUUUGCCAAACAGUUUCCUCACCAUCAAUUGUCUUGCCACCGCUAUGCCGUCGGUUCAUAAUGUUGUUGAAUCGAUUUUAUUUGAGCAAGAGUGUUAUCUGUGUGAGACAUGAAAGAAUUAGGGAAUAACAGAUUCUACAUUUAUCGCUCUUUCUCGACAGUCUCGGGCACUCUUCAAGUAUUAUGAUGGAUGCUCUGAACGACGUUGUUAACCUGGAAUGAUUAGUAGCCUUCAAUCAUGUUAGAUCAUACGAUGCAAUAGAGAGUAAGAGAUCAGUCACAGUUGAGGAAGGAUUGAAGCUUGAUUGAUGGAUGAUAUCAGGCGACCCGGAUUGGGUUUAAGUACCCAAUCCGGAUAGGACCAAAGGCCACGAGAGAGAGCAGACGGAUCGCAGCUCUAAGAAGGGUCAUGCCCCUGUCAUGGGACGCACCCAUUCAAGGGUCGCAUCCCCAGUUAGUAUCCAUCCUAACUAUUAGUAACCUCAGUCCUAAUAACUAGGACAUAGUGUACAGGUCCCGAAGUAGUAGGGAGUAAUCUGCAUUCUACUCCCACUUGCUACCUACUUACUUCUCUCUUCCUCAUUUUUAUGUAAUAAACCCAGAUUCUGACAAUGACACCAAUGCCUUUCUCUAGCUAAUGGUUUUGUCAUGAUGUCAGCUAUCAUGUCCUCGGUUGGGAGAUAGAUCAGCUUGACCAAGCUAUCCACGGCUAGGUCCCUGACGAAAUGAUAUCUGAUAUCGAUAUGUUUAGAUCUCUCGUGAUUCUUCUGGUUCACAAUUUGUGCAAUAGCACUUUGAUUGUCGCAGAAUAUGGUUGUCGCUCCAGCUGGAAACCUUGAUCUUUCAAUAAUACAGCCAUAUAGCUUCAGCUCCAGCUUUGGACAAAGCCAUAUAUUCUGCUUCCGUGGAAGAAAGUGCUACCGACUUUUGUUUCUUUGAUGUCCAACUAAUGGUUCGACCAUUGAAUUG